AUGUUCACGCUCUUUCUUCGCUCGUCCAGCUGUUUUAACUCAACUGACUGCGAGCAAUUAUACAGCGAUAAUUGCCAAAUAUGUAUAACGCAUUUUGCAGAUAGAAAAUGUGGCUAUUGCCCAUCAUCAAACAAAUGUAUGUAUAUCGACGACAAAUCCAAAUGCACAGGCGAUUUUUAUUAUGGUCCAGCUGCUACAUGCUCAGGCCCAGCACCACUUCCAACUCCAACACCAGAACCAACACCAUAUCCAACACCACUUCCAGGUGAUCAGUGCGGAAAUUACAAAGACUGUGAUACAUGCACAUCUCACUUUGCUGAUAGAAACUGCGGUUGGUGUAUGGCUAGUGGCGAAUCUGGCACAUGCUACGAAGCUUCAAAAUCAACAUGCGACGCCAAAUAUUUCUACUACAAUACAACAGUUUGCAACCAACCAGUCCCGCCACCAUCUCCAACGCCAUGGCCACGCUACGAAGCUAACACAACAUUCUGCAAACUCUUAUCCGGAACAUGGUGCGAGAAAUGCGUUUCCACACAACCGAAUAUGAGCUGCGUUUGGUGCCAUGCUUCUAAGGAAUGCGUCAUGGGUGAUAGCGAAGGCCCAUUCUUCGGAUCCUGCCCAUCAAACACAUUUUCUUACAAAGCUGACGACCAAUGCCUCGGAAAGAUUGCUAAGGGCAAGAUCUUGGCUAUCCGUAUCGUCGUCGGUAUCCUCGUCACAGCAUUCAUCGCUGCUGGCAUCUUUAUCUGCUAUAAGGAAAUUAAGAAACCAGCUUAA